UGCUACCGUCAUUACACUGAACUAACUACAACCACCCACCAUGUCGGGCCAACGAUCGUCGCCAGUGGACGCGGGGAACGCCAUCGUGGAGGCUAUCGCGGGGGCAAUCGCAACGGGGCUCGAGAGCCUGUCUAUCGACGGCGCCUCGGAGACCCGGGGACGGAUUCGGGAACGUAGCGAUAACCGCAACGAUGGCGAUCGCGACAGCAGCCUAAGCGAGUCCAGCGAGUACGACGACCCGAUGACCUCGAGCUCGAGCUCGGACUCGGACUCAGGCAGCAACACGCGGCCCGCGGCCGACGGGUUUUCCCCCGAGCUGCUCGAGUUCAUCGGGAUGUGGGGGACACUGGAGGGCCGGCUGGCGCGCAUACGGGCCCACAACCGCGCCGUCUCCGCAGCUGCGGCCGCCAUAGGCGAGGAGGAGGAGCUGCGUCGCCAGGGGGCCGACGGGGAGGAGGGGGUCGCGUUUAUGGAACCGGCCGGGGACGGCGACGGCGAAGGGGACGACGGCGACGACGACGACGACGACGACGGGCUGAUCGCGGGUGCUGACUUGUCCGCCUUCCUCGAGCGCCAGUUCCUGGCCCUGAUGCGGGGCGAGGAUUUCGUCGUCGUCGAGCGCUCGAUCGAGGAGGACUGGCAGGAGGUCAAAGAGGAGGGCAAGGAGAUCCAGGAGGGUUGGCAGGAGAUCGAAUCGGGGGAGGAGGAUGGUGGUGAGUGAGCGAGCGAGCGAGUCAAGAGAGAGCAAGCGAAACGGGCAAGUAAGCGGGAAGGAAAAGGGGUAAGCGGACCCUGAUACCCCCCUUUCGAUUGCGCUUGUUCGUGCUCAGAAGUGAGAUCGCAGAUAGCUAUAGCAAUGCCAUAUUCUGACGAGACAGACUAGACCUGUAGUGCGCGUGUGAUUCGCCUUCUGGCUUUCGCCAGUGUGUAUAGACAGACAGAACCCCGCCCUAGACUCAUUCACACUCUUCGAGAGCGUGUGCGCGCGUCCUGCUGGCGCGGAGGGCUUCUCGCCUUACCUUCCUUACUGGGUAGGCGGCCCGGCUCUCUGACCGCCACACGGCCAACCCCGAUCUGGCGAGACAGCUUAAAUUGUCUCAAUGUUUCUUUCCGUGGCCGUCUACCGCCCGAAGCGGUGCGUCGGGACCGCUCCCGUAGGCGAAACCCCCUACCCCCCUUUUUCUCUUCUGCUGCUUAGGACGUAAUCGACCCCUAUUUCAGGUCCUAUCGGCCCUUCCAAAGCAAGCGCGCGCGCGAGAGAGAGAGAGGCCUACGCCUGACCUUCCCUAACGAGAAAG